AUGAGACCAUUCGUACUUGCUGCCAUCACUCUUGUAGCCUUCCUUGCUGUCACCAAAGCUGAGGAAGACACCCCAGAUAUGUACACAAAACAGAUGUUGAAGCGAUUUGGUGAACUGAAGGAAUUCUUUAAGAGCGAUCCUGCAGGAAAAAAGAUGACUAAAGUCUUCCAUGAGAUUUUGGAUUUCUUCAAAAUCGUCAGAAAGAAAGCCAAGUCGGCGAUCAAAGAAUAUGCGAAGAAACUGGUGAAUGAUGAUGAAAAGGAUGACGACUGA